CACUACAACCUUUAAAAAGGUAAAACACAAUAACAAUAUGGUAUUAUUCUUGGUAAUAUCAUGUAAAUUGGUCUAUUUCAGUAAACAUCCAUAACUAGUAUUAUAACAUGCUAGACCUUAUUGUCUGUCAAGGAUUUCCAUUUAGUUUAGUAAGCCUUUGAACUUCCGAAGUAGAUUUACUUUGCUGUGAAAUUUUUAUGUAUCAGUGAAGAUGCAUUAAUAGCAUUCAAUUAUCAAUAAGCAUUUAAAAAUGAUCAUAUGCACGGAAAUUUAGGACAGUUUUAGAGAUUAUGUGCUUUAUUACUCGAUGAUUAUUCAAACUAAACCAAUGCAGCUGACCAGCUGUUUAACUGAUUUGGUGAAAAGGAAAAUGGAAAAAGAAAUCAACUUUUUAUAGCUAUUAUGAUGAAGGGCACUUGCAUUUUUCUUAGCACUUUAGCAGCAUUAAUGGUAACUAUAAUGGAGGUCUGCAGUCCUCCUAAGAUAAAGAUAGGUACAGUAGGUACUAGGUACUGUACUGCAGAUGUACAAAUUAGAAGGUUUAUACCUUCAUAUUAAUGUAUAUAGAUAGCUAGCUUGAAUGAUAAACUAUCAUCAUGGCUUUGGAAGAGGGAAUACUAGUGUUCUUGCAGCUUUGAAAGCCUUGGAACACACGCAGUAUAGCAAGCAUUGUUUGAAACUGAAAUCUACCCACUUGGAAUUGGAAAUCAUAAAUCAUCUGUUACUCAACUCUAUUUAAUCUCAGCAAUCCAUGUGAUACUUUGAUAGGAUACACAAUGGCCACUAAUUCUCAGUAUUUUUGGGGUCUAAUCCUCUCACUUGCACUAUAUUUUAAUUAUACAUAUUCGGCACCUCAUGUUUACAUAGUCUAUUUGGGGCUCAGUCAUAAUGUUCAUGAACCUCACCUGACUUCAGAACAUCAUGUUCAGCUCCUUUCCAAAGUUUUUGCCAGUGAAGAAGAUGUUAAACGGUCAAUGCUUUAUAGCUACAAGCAUAGUUUCUCAGGCUUUUCAGCAAAACUCAAUUCCUCACAAGCAACCACCUUGGCCAAGAUGAAAGGAGUGGUAUCAGUUUUCAGAAGUAAGACACUGCAGUUGCACACAACUCGGAGUUGGGACUUCUUGGGCCUUAACCUGAUCAGCAGCACUAGUAUGACUAGUGCAACGGCCUCUCCAUUGCAACUAGCACAUGGCCAAGACAUCAUAGUUGGGAUUUUUGAUACAGGUAUAUGGCCUGAAUCAGAAAGUUUCCAAGAAGAGCCACAUAUGAGGCCUAUCCCCACAACUUGGAAGGGAAACUGUGUGAAAGGAGAGAUGUUUGAGCCCGCAAAAGCAUGCAACCGAAAGCUAAUUGGUGCCCGCUACUACCUGAAAGGCUUUGAAGAAGAAUAUGGGCCACUAAACGCUAGUGGCAAUCCAGAAUUUCGAUCAGCUAGAGAUUUUCUUGGUCAUGGGACACACACAGCCUCUACAGCAGUGGGUUCGGUAGUGAAACAAAAUGCAAGCUUCUAUGGUUUUGCAGAGGGCACUGCACGGGGUGGAGCUCCUAGGGCUCGUCUAGCAGUGUACAAAGUUUGUUGGGGAAACAAUUAUAGUGGCAGGUGUACUGGAGCAGAUAUUCUUGCAGCUUUUGAUGAUGCUUUGCAUGAUGGUGUUCAUGUAAUUUCAGCAUCUAUCGGAUCACCACCACCAUUAAUACCAUUCUUUGCAUCAGAAGGUGUUAUCGGUUCGUUUCAUGCAAUGCAGUUAGGUGUUAGUGUGGUGUUCUCAGCAGGUAAUGAAGGGCCAGAACCAUCACAGGUCACAAAUGUUGCUCCUUGGAGCCUCUGUGUUGCUGCUUCCUCAAUUGACAGAAUGUUCCCAACCAGGAUUCUUCUAGAUAAUAAGCUCUCCAUCAUGGGAGAAAGCCUAAUCAGAACACCUAUCAAUGCGAAAUUGGCAGAUGCGACGGUCUACUUUUAUGAUGGGAUAUGCACGUCAAGGAACUGGAAUAAAUCAAAUUUUGCUACAAAUAGAGUAAUACUAUGCUUCUCAACCAUAGGACCGUAUGAAAUUGGUGAGGCUGAAGUAGCUGCCAAGCUAGCCAAUGCAUCUGGUUUGAUCUUUGUAGAACCGAUGUUCAGGGAGCUUGGUGCUGACAUCAUCCCCUCAGUCCAUGUCAACCUUGAGGAAGGGACUCGGAUCUUGAACUAUCUCGCUGAAUCUCCUACGAAGCCUGUUGUGCAGAUAAAAGCAAGUAGAACUAUCAUCGGGAAGGCACCUGCCCCUAGAGUUGCAUACUUCUCUUCAAGAGGUCCUAACUCACUUACACCUGAUAUCCUCAAGCCAGAUAUAAGUGCUCCAGGAGUAAACAUAUUGGCAGCAUGGCCCAAUCAAACUUCUCCAACCUUGAGACGCGACGAUAAACGAUUAGUUAACUGGAAUUUUCAGUCAGGAACAUCAAUGUCAUGUCCUCAUGUCUCUGGAGUUAUUGCUCUCAUCAAAUCUGCACACCCCGAUUGGUCUCCUGCAGCCAUUCAAUCUGCUGUCAUGACCACAGCAUACACAAGGGACACAUCAUUCGAUACCAUCCUAGCCGAUGGACCGAUGAAAGCCUCCAACCCUUUUGACUUGGGUGCCGGUCACAUAGACCCCAUCAAGGCAAUGGAUCCGGGGCUUGUCUACGACAUGAAAACAAGUGACUAUGUCCACUUUUUAUGCAACACUGGCUACACAGAAGAACAGAUAAACAUGAUAGUUCUCUGCCCUUCAGGAACUGACACAAGCUGUCCGCGAGUGCCGGAAUCAAAUGCCAAUAUAAACUACCCAUCAAUCACAGUUUCAAAUCUCCAGUCAACUGUGACAAUCAAGAGAAGGGUGCGUAAUGUGGGCAAGAAUAAGAACUCCAUGUAUUUUGGUACCAUUUCUGAGCCUGAUGGAGUGGAGGUAGUGAUAUGGCCUAGAGUUUUGGUAUUCUCCUGGUUCAAAGCGGAAAACACAUAUUAUAUAACGCUGAAGCCACAGAAGAAGUCUCAAGGAAGAUAUGAUUUUGGAGAAAUCGUUUGGUCUGAUGGCUUCCACAAGGUAAGGAGUCCUUUGGUUGUUUGUGUCAACACUGCUGCUCAAGAUUUCAAUGAACCCCUGGACUUGAGCUACAUGUGAUCAUUGAAGAAGCUGUUCGAUACUACUCGAUCUCCAUUUCCCAAAUUAUGUGGCUGCUGCUAAGCCAAGUUUAUAUGUUAUUAAUUGAACAAAUAUGUUUAUGCAUUUGUUUCUCCUCUGGAAUCAACAUAAUGCUAUUUCA